AUGGCAGGCAAGAAGAAAGAAACCCAGCUCCAGGCCAUAAUAACCAAUCAAAGCCAGUGGGAUGAAAUGUUGCUGACAAAAGGUGUAGUAGUAAUAGAUGUGCAUCAAGCUUGGUGUGGUCCUUGCAAAGCUGUGGUGAAUUUAUUCAGAAAACUGAAGAAUGAGUUUGGUGAAGACGAUGUGUUGCAUUUUGCAGUGGCAGAGGCUGACAGCAUUCCGACUCUGCAACCAUUUAGGAAUAAAUGUGAACCUGUGUUUCUUUUUUGUGUUAAUGGCAAAAUUAUUGCAAUAGUGAGAGGUGUAAAUGCUCCUCUUAUAAGUAAGAAAAUAACAGAGCUAGUGCAAGAAGAGAGGGAAAUUACAGCUGGACAGAAGGAACGUGCCGAGGUAGAUGAACUUGUUUUCCUAGAAGAGAAAUCAUCAGAAGAGACUGUUGAGGAGAAGGUACCCGAAGAAGUAGUCAGAUAUUCUGUUGGAAUUAUAAAACCUGAUGAUGUCUUAGAGGGACGCGUAGAGGAAAUUAAACAAAAGAUUAGAGUUGCAGGAUUUGGCAUUGAAGCAGCAGAGGAGAAAAUGCUAACUGAAGAGCAAAUCAGAGUAUUCUAUGCCCGGAAUAAAGAACAGCCUGAUUUUGAUGUUUUUGUUCAAUUCAUGAUGAGUGGACCAUGCCACGUUUUGGUAAUCACUAAAAAAGAAGCAACUGGUGCUAUUCCUCACUGGAAAGAACUACAUGAGAGUGUUGAGAGUGUGCCUGAUGAGCCUGAGGCUGAGAAGCCAGACAGGUUGGAAGGAACUGUGGAAACUGAGAGUAUAUUAAAUAUAUGGGAUGUGCAAGACAGUGUAGAAGAUGCCAGCAGACAGCUUGCCUUCUUUUUCCCGAAUUUUGAUAUAAAGAAGACAGACCAAAAAGUUGAAAAGACUUUGGCUUUAAUUAGACCUUCUCUUUUAAAGGAAAGACGACAUUCUAUCAUGCAAAGAAUAAAGGAUGAUGGCUUCAAAAUAGCAAUGCAGAAAGAAAUAAUCCUAUCUGAAGAACAAACACGUGAAUUUUACAAAGAGCAUGAAAAUCAAGACUACUUCCCAGUCCUUCUAGAGCAAAUGACCAGUGGUCCGACUCUUAUACUUGCUCUAACACGAGAAAAUGCUGUAGCACACUGGAGAGAUUUAUUAGGCCCAAAGACUGUUGAAGAGGCUAAGAAGGAAAAUCCGAACAGUUUACGUGCAAAGUAUGCAGUCAACAACAUACCUAUUGAUCAGCUGCAUGGUAGUUCUACACCCGAUGAUGCUCAGAAGGAAUUACAGUUCUUCUUCCCUCAGGAGCACACUUUGGCAUUAAUCAAACCUGCUGCUGCUAAGAAGCAUAAAGACCACAUUAUGCAAAAAGUUCAAGAUGCUGGAUUUACCAUCUCAAAGAUUAAAGAAGAAGCUUUAACUCGUGAAAUGGCUACACAGUUUUAUAAGGACCACAAAGGAAAACCCUUUUUUGAACAGUUAGUGACUUGUAUGACUGAGGGCCCAUCGGUGAUAAUGAUCUUAACAAAGGAAAAUGCUGUGGAAGAGUGGAGGCAACUAAUGGGUCCAACCGAUCCAGAAUUGGCAAAAGAGACCUCUCCUGAAUCAAUUCGAGCUCAGUUUGCACAAGAUAUUUUGUCUAAUGCUGUUCAUGGAUCAUCUAAUAGAGAACAUGCACUGAAAAGCAUUGAAUGCGUAUUUGGAGAGAUUGAUAUUGAUUGA